AUGGCCGAGCGGUCUAAGGCGCUGCGUUCAGCGACAUCAGAAAUAUACUCAUCAGUGGAAGGGCGUGAUGAGUGGGAACGUAUAGUAGGUGGUACCAAAGCUAAAAAUGGUACUGUACCAUACCAGGUGUCGCUGAGAGCUCGUCCAGAAUAUUUCAAAGCCGUAGUUGGAACCAACCAGCUGAGGUCAGGAGGCAAAUCCUACGCCAUUCGUAAGAUCGUGCGCCACCAGGAUUACGACGAUGACAUCAUCAAGAACGACAUCGCCAUCUUAUUCACCGAGGACGUGAUAGAAUUCAGUAGUACUGUGGACGCUAUAGAGCUUAACGAUGAACCGGUAAUGAAGGGAGAACAUCUGCUUCUAACUGGCUGGGGCACCACGUCAGGUGACUCUGGUGGACCUCUAGUGAGAGAGGGACGUCAAGUUGGGGUAGUGUCAUGGGGUGUUCCGUGUGCUAAAGGAAAACCUGACGUAUAUACAAAGGUAGAAGCCUUCAUGAGAUGGAUAGAAAAGACUCUUUACGAAGACGACGAAGAUCAUUUGAAAUUUUUGCACCGUAGACGUACAAAUCGACAUUAGUGUAUACAACUGGCAUAUUUUCUGUGUAUAAAGUAUGACGAAAUAAUAUAUUUUUAAUCGUUCUUUGUCCACAUUUUUCUUUAUUUAUUAUACUAACAACCAUGACUGCUAAUAUUGUUUGAAAGAAAAAAACAAAC